UACUGCUGAGUCGGUGCAAGAUCAUAUUUUGAAAUGCAGCUGAAGAAAAUGAGGGAAGUCUUACCAACGUUGUAUGAGAGCCGAGUGAACAAGGGCCAAAGCUCAUUGACCACGUCACCAAAGCAAGCCAGUGUUUCUAAAUCAAAUCCAAGAAAAGCAGGCAAUGAAAACUGUAUUUUUGGUUAUCAAAAGACUGAAGAAAGUGAAGUGCAUCAGAGAAGUAGUAUUAAGUGCAGUUGUGUGCAAGAGACUUCGGUGCCAGAAUUGCUGAAACAGAAAUGGCAAGAGGGUGAAGAUGACCACUAUGUCUGUAGCAAGUACAGGCCGAAUAUGCCAUCCCUUCUAAAUUUUGUGAUUAAUCCCGCAGGUGCCUCUGAUACUGAAAACAAAGAGAAAAUGUCCCCGAGUAAAACUCUAAGAACAUUCAGACUAAAAAACUUUCAGCCAGACAAAUAUUAUUGUGACAAAUGUCGAUUUUCCACAAAGGACCCUCUACAGUGUAAGAAACAUUUAGCUCAACAUGAGGCAAUUAAAUUCAUUUGCUCCCUCUGCAACUGUGUGUCUUACACCAAAGGGGAGUUCCAGCGACAUCUGGUGAAACAUACUGGGCGAUUUCCAUACCAGUGUAACUAUUGUGAAUAUGGUGCUGUUAGGCAUGAUUACAUAGUCAAACAUACAAGAAGGGUACAUGGAACAGCUACUGAUAAGCAGGUAAUGCUUACAGUUGCAAAAGCUAAGCAAAAAACAAAUUGUUUACUAAAGCAAAAUCCAGUGCGGAAGGUCCCUGCCAUGGGAGCACCACCGCAAAAGAAAUGUUCAGGUUUAUCUUUGAAUAGAAUGACUUCAGGAAUUCAAGAUGAAAUACCUGAAACUGCUUGUUCAACAGGUGAUGCAGAAUGCAGUCAAGGUACAGCAUACAUCCAGGAUAAAUAUAUAUACAAGUCAUCUGAUGUCAAAAUCCAGAAAACUGAAAAUGCGAUAAUUGAAGUUGAAGUUUAUUCUGCCGAAAAAAAGCCUAUAAUGCCUGAAAUGCCAUUAACAGUGGUUGCACCUCCCAAAUUUGUUGUUCCACCUAAUUGUUUGGCACAAAUAGUAGGACUGAAAAAGGUUAAUGGUACACAGCAUUUGAUUCUUAAACUCAUUCCUCCAGAAGAAAUCACCUUCAGACCUAUGAAGUGUAAAGAAACAGAAUCUGGAAAUCAGCGUGUACAACAAGGAGAAAAAACGAACAGAUCUUUGUCAACAUCUCUUGAAGAAGCUUGUGAUUUAGAUAAUGAAUACAAGAACUCUGAAUAUCCAAGUUCCUCUGUUUCCACUACUCUAAAUUGCAACUUGAUAGAUUUACAUGAGGAAAACGUUAUUUGUAAAGAAAAUGCAGAGAGAGGGUAUGAUCCGUCACCAUCUGCAGCAGUGAUCUCUCCUGAUGGAAUUCAUUGUCUAGAACACUUUCAAAAGAGAAAAAGGGCAAAAAAUAAACAUAUAAAGUAUAAUUUGGAUCCAUCUAUAUACUUAGCAUCUUCCUCCUCUGAAGGCAAGAAUAUAUCUGAAAAUAAUUUUUCUGAUGCUGUUCAGGAAAAUAAUAGAGUACCACACUCCUCUGUAUUUGAUAAAAUGCAAUUUGCUAUAAGUACUACUGAAAGAGAACAGUGGAAUAAGUUUAGAGCAGCCUCAGAAACUCAUUUAUUUGAUUCCACUUUGUUUUACCCUUCUGAAAGGGUUGAAGAAACACAACAGAGUAAGUCUCUGCCUUUGGAUGGUUCAAAGAAUGUCUUAGGGGUGGUAAAUGGAGAAAACUUGAAAAACAAAUGUAAUUAUAUGGAAUUUGCAGAGGCACAGAAUAGGAGAGAUGAAGGAGAGUCUUUAGAGGGUCCAGUGAUUUCAUCUGUAUUUUCUCUUAGUGCUGGUGCUGCAAACGUCCCAGAAGGCAUAAAAUGGGAUAAUGUAUUGCACAAGAAAAGUCCUACAUCAUUGUUGUGUAGAAAGAUUGCUCAGUUGAUGUCUGCAGUUGAAUCAAACAUGAAAUCACAAUUAGAUGCAUCAUUAAGGCAUGAUAAAAGCCAGGAUUCAAAGGAAAAGGUGCUCUCAGCUCCAGACAAAAAAUAUGAAAGAAAUGCCUUGACUGCUGAAUUGGAUCAAGAAUUUCUGCUGCUUCCUCAAAGAUCAAAUGCUGCCAACUCUUCUAAUAAGCUUUCUAAUAAGCAAGAACCACCAUUAGAAAUACUUACAGAGGCUAUAACGAAAACCAGAGUGACUAAUAAAAUGCAUGUUGCUUCUCCGAUAUUCAUUCCUCAAGGGACUGUACUGAGGGUAUUAAACUGUGCUAGCACUGAAAGUCAAACUGGGGGGAAAAGUGGUAAUGAAAUGUUGCCUUCCUCUUCUACAUAUUGCAAUGAAACAUUUCUCCCAAGACCAGUUCCUUACUGUGUUUUUGAAAAACGUGACAAACACAUUUUUCUGCCGACUGAGGAUGAAGUUAAUGAAGUUUCUAGAAAUCAGAGAGUAUCACAAAGGCACAGAACUGAAAGGGAUUCUAUUGUGAAGAAUAAUAGCCAGCAAAAUAGAGUGUUACCACUCCGAAAAGGGGAUGAUCUAAACACACCACCUAAAAGGGUCAUGAGGGGUGAAGAGCUUCAAGACAAAGAUAAGCAAAUACAUGCCAGAGAGAACUUGACCAAGAAAAGGUUAAGAACUCAAGAGGAUUGCUUCCUUAAGGUAGUUCCUGUUUUAAUGAGACACCUUAGGAUUAUACCAUAUAAAAGUGACCAGCUGAUAAAAUGCCCUCAUCGCAACCAGCCAGUAGUUGUCUUGAAUCACCCUGAUGUUGAUUCACCAGAAAUAAUUAAUGUAAUGAAAGUUAUUAAUAAGUACAAAUGCAAUGUUCUGAAAGCAGUUUUAUCAGAAAGAACUGUUAGUUGCCUUGGUGUGAAACGACAUCAUAAAAAACUUACAUUUCAGAACUUUGAUACAGCAGGUGAAAUAGAGAAACAGAACACAUUAAAAAUGAAACUAAAGAAGACUCACAAAAAUAGCUACAAGGUGGUGAAUUCCUCGCCAGAAGAAGCAUCAAAACUCACCUUUAAAUGUUGGUUUUGUUGCAGGUCAUAUGUUGACCAAGAAGAAUGGAUAAGUCACGGUCAGAAGCAUUUAAUGGAAGCCACAAGAGGAUGGGACAUUCUUUCUUUCUCACUAGAAAGUGGAAAGUGAAGUACUAGCUAGGUCUUAGGAAUUCUAAUUAUGAUCCCCUGUUUUACAGAGCAGUCUUGGAAUAAUU